UUUGAGGAUAUCAAACUGCUCGACAAAACAAGAGUCAUCUUGAGAAACACUUCAAGUGGUAAGAAUGUUAAAAAAGGCGGAUGUGAUGACUACUACCACGCAUCUUAUGUGAAAAUCAGCGACCACCUCAAUUUCAUUUGUGCGCAAGGCCCUUUGGUAAAUACCAUCGAGGAUUUCUGGUUCAUGGUUAUACAGGAAGAUUCAAAAGUAAUCGUUCAGCUGUGUCAGUGGAAUGAGGAUGGCAAAGUGCAGUGUGCGGAGUACUUCCCGAAAGAUGAAGAAGAAUGGAAGGAGUACGGUGCAAUCCGUGUUCAAGUUGUCGAGAAAACAGAGCCGAUGAAGCAGCUUCGCAAAGUUUAUCGAACAAAAAUACGAGCUGUAUAUAAAAACAAGGAUCAUGAGGUAUUGCAUUUACUGUACGGUGGCUGGCCUGAUCAUUUUGUAGCCGAAUCGACACCGGUAUGCCGAGAAGUACGAGCUCUUGCCCUUAAACUCUGUGAAAAGAAGCCUGCCGUCAUUCACUGCAGCGCUGGUAUUGGAAGAACUGGCACAUUUGCCGCAAUAUCAAUGGCCGUGGAUCGACUGAAGCACACGGACUCACUUUCAGUUCCUGAUGUGGUCAAAGAGUUACGCGACCAACGAAUGCAUGCUGUCCAAAAUGACCAGCAGUACUUGUUUAUCUACCGUAUGGUAAUCGAGAUCUUACUGGCCGAAGAUUUAUUGUUGAAAAAUGCUGAUAUUAUAUCAUUUAUCAAGGAGUACGACGAUCUCGUCGCGAGAAAGCGUCAAGAGAAAACCAGGAAGGGCAAAAGCAAGUGA